AUGGCUACUCCUACUCGGAUGGAAUUUGCAGUACACAUGACAUGCAACACUUGCGUCGACAAGGUUAAGGAUGCUCUCAAUGGUGUUGAAGGUAUAGACAACUACAUGAUAAGUUUAGCUGAAGAGCAAGUCAUAAUUGAUAGCGCUCUACCAAUGGCACAACUACAUAAUCUACUUGUUACAACCGGAUUAACAGUUAUAAUGAGAGGUCAAGGAGCUGCAACCGAAGGUGCCUCACAUCUAGGAGCUGCUGUUUCAAUAUUAUCUGGCACAAGUGUUAAGGGAUUAGUACGAUUUACACAGUUAUCAGCUGAUAAAUGCAUGAUAGAGGGUACCGUAGACAAUCUAAGACCUGGUAAUUAUGAUAUCAAAAUUCAUGAAUACGGUGAUUUAUCGGAUGGUUGCAAUAAUUGUGGAGAUAUUUUUAAUCCAUAUGAAUAUCCUCAUGGCAACAACAAUACUUCUGCUAGAAAAUUGGGUGAUAUUGGUAGCAUGACUGCAAAUAAGAACGGUCGCGCAAUGUUCAGAAUUGAAGAUGACACAGUCAAAGUCUGGGACGUCAUUGGUCGUUCGGUUAUUAUUCAUGAUAAACAAGUAGAAUCCAGUGGUAAAUCUUUGGCUUCUAGAAUCACAUGUGGAAUUAUUGCAAGAUCUGCUGGAUUAUUUGAAAAUUCCAAGAAGUUUUGUGCUUGUGAUGGGAAAACAUUAUGGGAAGAUAAGCCAUUAACUAACAAAAGCCCACAAGCAUCUUUAUAA